AUGGACAUCUCCGAGAAGUUCCAUCACAACGACCAGCUUGAGCAAAUCGCUACGAAUACAGAAGAUGCCACCGAUCUGGAGAAGACCGUACAGGUCGACACGUUACACCAAGAUGAAGCCAUGAAAGUUCUCGCCAGCUACGAGGGACCGUUCGAAUGGACUCCUGAGGAAGAGAAGAAAGUCGUUCGCAAGAUCGAUCGACGGCUCCUAUCCCUGCUCGUCCUGACCUACGGACUGCAAUAUUAUGACAAGGCGAUGCUUUCGCAGGCUGCCCUGUUCGGUCUCAGGAGCGACCUCAAACUGACAAUCGGCGAACGGUAUUCUUACUCGUCUGCUAUCUUCUACCUAGGUUUUAUCUGUGGAGCCUACCCAGCCAUUGUCCUCACCCAACGCUACCCGAUCGAACGAGUCCUGUUCUGCAUUGUCAUCCUCUGGGGCAUCUGUUUGAUGCUCACGGCCGCAUGCCACAACUACCAAGGGCUGUACGCCCAGCGGUUCUUCCUCGGCUUCCUAGAAUCAGGCGUCUCGCCAGGAUUCAUGAUGGUCGUCGGCGGGUGGUAUCGAAAGCAAGAGCAAGCUUUCCGUAUGGGCGCCUGGUACAGCGCCACUGGCUACGUCUCCAUCUUCGCACCAUUGAUCAACUACGGCCUCGGACACAUCCAAGGUAGCCUAAGUCCAUGGCGCUACAUGUACCUCGUCGCCGGAGCAAUCACAGUCCUCUGGUCCUUCAUCAUACUUUUCUUCCUACCUCCAGAUCCUGUUCGAGCCAAGCGAUUCACUGCCCGUGAAAGGUACAUCGCAGUAGCCCGCAUGCGACAGAACAACGCCGGCGUGAGAAACACACAUUUCAAGACCUCCCAACUGUGGGAACUCCUCCGUGAUGUCAAGUUCUGGCUGCUCUUCGCCACCGCAUUCUGCAUGCUCGUUGUCAAUGGACCUGUUUCGACCUUUACACCGAUCAUCAUCAACCAACUCGGGUUUAGCGGUCUCAACUCCCUCUUGCUCGUCAUGCCCGCCGGUGCGAUCAUUGGCACGAUCGAGCUCAUGACGCCGUAUAUCGCGAUGAAUAGCGGUCUCUCUUCUGGCGAGUUGUUUGCUUUGGCGAUCAGCAGCACGGGCGGGAGGCUGUUCGCCGUGUACAUCCUGGCGUCCUACGGUGGUGGCUAUGCCGUACUGAUGAGUAUCGUCAUCGUCAACAGCGCCGGCUACACCAAACGCUCCCUCAGCUCCAGCGGCGUCUUCAUCGGCUACUGCCUAGGUAACUUCCUCGGCCCCCUCGUCUUCAAAGCCACCGAAGCGCCCGAAUACCGCACGGGCUGGAUCACCACCGUCGCCACGCUCUCCGCGACCAUCGUCCUCAUCAUCACGUACCGAUUCGUGUGCGUGUGGGAUAACAAGAAGAGGGAUCGCGCGGGCAGUGAGGGGUUUGAUCAUGCGUAUGAGGAUGAUUUUACGGAUAAGACGAAUAAGCAGUUUCGGUAUACGCUGUAG